CUCACCUUCCCCGACAACUUCCCCUUCUCGCCGCCCUUCAUGAGGGUGCUCAGCCCCCGCCUGGAGAACGGCUAUGUCCUCGACGGCGGAGCCAUCUGCAUGGAGCUGCUCACCCCCCGCGGCUGGGCCAGUGCCUACACUGUGGAGGCCGUCAUGAGGCAGUUUGCAGCCAGCUUGGUCAAGGGGAAAAAAAAAGGGGGC